UCUCUCUCUCUCUCUCAGUGUAGGAGGAAGUGUGUGCAGUUUGUGUCUCCUUCUCUUCAUUUCCUUGAUCCCGCUCUUCUCAUUCGCAGCGACAUGGAAAACAAACGCACCCUGAUGAAGUGAAGUCCAACACACACACACACACAGAGGAUGAGGAUGAGGAGUGACGCUCAACUCCAGCCCGCCACGUUUUGACGACAUCCUCCAAUGGACUGAGGGGACGUGGGCGGAGCCAGGAUGAGUGCCGAGCUGCUAUUGGAGGAGACGCUCAUCAAGCGUUCGCAGCAGAAGAAGAAGACGUCGCCGCUGAACUACAAGGAAAGACUGUUUGUCCUCACCAAGAGCCAGCUGACGUACUACGAUGGAAGAGCUGAGAAGAAGUUCCGGAGAGGCUCGAUCGAGCUGAGCCACAUCAGAUGUGUGGAGAUCGUCAAGAACGGAGGAGGAAUCAUCCCCUGCCAGAACAAAUACCCAUUUCAGGUGGUGUACAACACCAGCACCCUCUACAUAUUCGCACCGAGUCAUGACAGCAGAAGUCUCUGGGUCCAGAGCCUCAAAGAAGAGAUCAAAGACAACGCCGUGGUCUUGGCGAAGUUUCACCCUCAGUUCUGGCUGGAAGGGGCGUGGCUCUGCUGUCGCCAGGCAGAAAAACAGGCUCCGGGCUGCGAGGAGUACAACCUGUUUGGAGACAUUUCCAGGAAGCCUUUACCCCCGAUUCCUGGAGAGGAGCGUAAGAACGAGAGGAGGCGACCCCCUCCUCCGCUCCCUCCGACCCCCGACGACGACGACCUGGACGAAGAUGAUGACGACGACGAGGAGGACGAGGUGGUGGUGGUGGCGCUGUACGACUUCCCGGGCACCGAGCCGCACGACCUGAGUCUGGUCAAAGGAGGCGAGUACGUCAUCUUGGAGAAGUGUGACCUCCACUGGUACAAGGCGCGCAACAAGUAUGGUGAGGAAGGCUACAUCCCAAGUAACUAUGUAACCGAGAAGAAAUCUGGAAACCUGGAGCAGUUUGUCUGGUACAGCAAGCAAGUCAACAGGAACAAGGCAGAGGAGCUGCUUAGGAAGGAGGACAAAGAAGGAGCCUUCAUUGUGAGAGACUCCAGCACUCCAGGAACCUACACCGUCUCCCUCUAUGCAAAGUCUGCUGCAGGGGAGGGAGGUGCCGUUAUAAAACAUUACCACAUCAAGGAGACACAAGGCUCGCCUCAGCAGUUCUACCUGGCUGAGAAACACUUGUUCAGCUCCAUCCCCGACCUGAUCGAGUACCACAAACACAACGCAGCAGGUCUUGUUGCCAGGUUGAGGUAUCCUGUAGGGAAACAGGAAAAGUCCGCUCCAUCCACCGCCGGCUUCAGCUACGAGAAGUGGGAGAUCAACCCCAGCGAGCUGACCUUCAUGAAGGAGCUGGGCAGCGGUCAGUUCGGUCUGGUGAGGCUCGGCAAGUGGCGGGCUCAGCACAAAGUGGCCAUCAAAGCCAUCAAAGAGGGGGCCAUGUACGAGGAGGACUUCAUCGAGGAGGCCAAGGUCAUGAUGAAACUGUCCCACCCUAAGCUGGUGCAGCUGUAUGGAGUGUGCAGCCAGCAGAAGCCCAUUUACAUCGUCACAGAGUUCAUGGAGCACGGCUGCCUGCUCAACUUCCUCAGGCAGCGGCGGGGCAGCUCCAGCCUGGGGUCCUUGCUGAGUAUCUGCCUGGACGUCGGUGAGGGCAUGGAGCACCUGGAGGCCAACGGCUUCAUCCACAGAGAUCUGGCUGCCAGAAACUGUCUAGUGAAUGACUUUCUGGUGGUGAAGGUGUCUGACUUUGGCAUGGCCAGAUACGUGUUAGAUGACCAGUACACCAGCUCAUCAGGUGCUAAGUUUCCUGUCAAGUGGUCGCCUCCUGAAGUCUUUAACUUCUGCAAGUACAGCAGCAAGUCAGACGUCUGGUCCUACGGUGUACUGAUGUGGGAGGUUUUCACCGAGGGUCGUAUGCCGUUUGAACAGAAUCAGAACCACGAGGUUGUCACCUUGGUAACCAAAGGUCACCGCCUCUACAGGCCCAAAAUGGCCACGCCCACCAUCUAUGACAUCAUGCAGCUGUGUUGGCACGAGCGACCAGAGGAGCGACCGGCGUUCUCUCAGCUCUGCGUGAUGAUCACCGACGCCCUGGAGGCUGACGCCCCGCCCCCAAACUGAUCAAUCGACCAAUCAGCUGCUUCCACCAUGAUGGCCCCUAACUAACACCUAGCUCCAUGGCGACCAGCCGUUCUCCACAGUGUUCUGGCAGCUAUCGUCGUAUUAAGAGAAAGCACAGCGCGGAGAAUAGGUGCAAUGGUGUUUGGAACUUUAGUCCAAUCAUCCACCGACACAUCCGAGUCACUCAACCAGUACAGCUGUAAAAACUGAAGAACACAAAUGGCUGCUCGUGUUGGAUCUCUUGUUUUGUUGUUUUCUGACACCAGUACAGAAAACUUGCCACAGGCUCUGGUGAUGGACCCAGUCGCUCAGUAAUUUCCCACCCUACCUGUCUGGAGGUCUCCUUUGGUGUUUCCUGUCAGUGUUAAAGAGAACAGUGUCACCUAAAAGUAUAUCAAGCCACCACACGUAAUACGAAGCUGAUAUUAAUUCCAGUGUUUUAUCGCAUUACUUGACAAAUUGAGCCGCACUGCAAAUCUGUUUUCAUGUAAUGUUCAUCACAUGGUGCACAUAAAUGUAAAAAAUACUGUAGAGAGAAAGUAAAUGAUUUCGCUGUUAUUAAACUUGAUUUAUAUAU